AUGAAAGAAGUCAAAUUGAUGAUAGACAUAAAAGGAAUAGUAGAAACAUGCCAAGCUAUGAAAAGUAUGGAUGACAUAAAAGCAGUUAUUGAAUACAACGAUAAUAUAGGUCGCUUGGCUAUUCUCAAGCGCAUGCUCGAAGACAAUCUGAGAAUAGAAAACAGCCCAUAUACUGGUAACGAAAACCAAUACAUCAUAGAAACAGUUGAAAAUGAGAUCUGCCAAUAUUUUAUGUACAGAUACCCUCGGGUUAUUUCUCGGCUCAUAAGUAAAUUAAACGAUGCAAUAAAGAAUGAAGAAGAUGAAUUGAUCAGAUCGCAUGCCAUCGCGUUAGCCAAUGAAAUCGUAGAACUAAAUCCCUUUAUAUACAACCCAGAGUACGGGAUAAGUAGGAAGAGUGAAGCAGUAGAGAAAAUAAAGUCAGAUGUCAGCAAUGAUAAGCUAGGCACUAGAACAUGUACGCUAGAGAUCAACGAUGCAAAGUUUCCCAGCUUGAAAAGCAUGGCUGAGUAUGCUGCAGAGAGUUUGAACAGAGAUUUCUCUUAUUUUGGAUCCUACUCACUACUGCCAAUGGGCAUGCUUUUUCUAAACGAGCUUACUUUCGUAGGAGAAUACUACACGUUGGAUGAGCUGUACACCAACACAUGUGAAGGCACUGAUGUGCUGUUAGUGGACUACGGUCGAGACCUUAUUCACAAAAACUACGCUGAAAUUCUAGACAUAGUUCAAAAGAUUAUGGGGAUGAAAAAUAGUAUGGCUCAAAAGCAGUACAUAAUUGACCAAGUGAAUGCAUUAUUUGCCUCUAAAGAGGACUCCAAAGCAGUCCUUUCUAUUAUCAAGAAUAUAGGACCAAUUGUAAUCGAAAAAGGCAUACAGAAGUAUAUGGUCAGCGCAGUAGAAUACAUGCUGAAUAGCACCGACCUCUUAGGUGGAAAAGGCAUGCCAAAGACGCUAAAACUUGAAAAAGAUCUGAGUAGUUUUGUAAGAGACUUUAUAAGUGUUGGUGGUGCUUUAGAGCAAAAGGUGAAGAAAAGAAUUGCUAAAUUAAAAAGAGAAAAGAAGGCAUCAAAUGCAGAAAUAAAACUACUGGACUGGAAGCUAAAAAAAGAAAAACUACAAUAUGAAGGCAUUCUUUUCCUUCAAAAUACCUUGCACUUUUUAAAUGGCUUAAGCCCAGCCCAAAUGGUCUACUUGCACAAGAAAAUAGGAGAGUUUUUGAAAGCAGGAAAUGGGAAGGUAAAAGAACAGCCACAGCCAGCACCUGCAAAAAGAAGGAUGGUUUCAGCCCUAAAGAUUGUAGUGUCUGUUUGUUUAGCUGUUCUUCUUAUAGUAUCAACAGUGGUCUUUAGCUACACAAUGGAGAACAGGAUGAAAAGCAUCAACAACUAG